CCUUGGGCAGCUGCUGUGACUAAGCCAGUGCGGUCGGUGGGCGGUGGGUGCCUCAGAGGAAAUGAAGGAGCCCGAUGAUCAAGAUACUGAGGUGGGGAGGUCAGAGAGGUCAAAGAGCAGUGGAAGUCGGUCUCGGUCUCGGGGGUCCUCGCAAGCUUUAUCAAAAUCCACUACAAGAGAAGAUAAACUCUUAGAAGAUACAGACGAAACAUUCACUGACGGCGAAGAAUCAUAUUUAGAGUAUGAGGAAUCAGAAGAGGAAGAUUGGGAAGGAAGUUCCAGUUCCUUUCAAGAUUAUUACAAGGAAACCACUGGAGAAUCUCGGUCUAUGGAAACCCCUGGAUCAGCUGCAGAAGAGACAGAGGAGGACGUUAGGAAGAAAAUAUCAGAGAGCUUCUUUUACGAUUAUAUGGAGAUGGUUUCCAUGCCUUUUGUGUCUUCAGAGUCGGACAUACCACUGGAACUUAUCAUACUUGUACAUUCCUUUGGCUAUGACUGCAAAAAGCGGGCCAACCUACAGCUGCUGGACAACAAUACAGUCAUGUAUAUCGCCGGGAACCAGCUGAUCAUUCUGAAUUUGAAAACCAAGGAACAGCUGUACCUGCGAAGUAUUAGUGGUACAGGAAUUGGUGUCAUUGGGGUUCACCCUAAUAAAACUCACUUCGCAGUAGCUGAAAAAGGAGUUGCCCCAAAGAUAAUCAUCUAUGAAUAUCCUUCUCUGAGGCCCUACAGAAUCCUUCAUGAUGGGGCUGACUUAGGCUAUGCUUACGUGGACUUUAACUACAGCGGGACACUGCUGGCCUCUGUUGGUAGCAGCCCUGAUUAUACUUUGACCAUCUGGGACUGGAAAGAGGAACAGCCCAUACUGAGGACAAAAGCUUUUUCCCAGGAAGUCUUUAAGGUUACUUUCAAUCCUGAAGAUGACGAGCAGCUUACUACAGCAGGAUCGGGCCACAUCAAAUUCUGGGAAAUGGCUCAAACAUUCACUGGUCUCAAGCUUCAGGGCUUCCUAGGUCGAUUUGGCAAAACAGCCACUACUGAUAUAGAAGGCUACAUGGAGCUCCCAGAUGGGAAGGUGCUCUCUGGGUCAGAAUGGGGCAACAUGCUGGUUUGGGAAGCUGGCCUCAUCAAAGUCGAGCUCACUCGAACUGGAAGUAAACUUUGUCACCAGGGCCCCAUCAAUCAGAUAAUGCUGGACGAAGGGGAAGUUAUCACCAUUGGGUCAGAUGGAUGGGUUAGGAUAUGGGAUUUUGAGACCAUAGACACUGCUGAUAUUGUAGACGAGACUGGAUUGCUAGAGAUUGAGCCCAUCAAUGAACUUCAAGUGGACAAGAAUGUUAAACUCUUCUCCAUGAUAAAAAUGAACGAAGCUGGAAAUAACUUUUGGUUGGCUCAGGAUUCCAAUGGAGCCAUAUGGAAGCUUGACCUCAGUUUUUCAAAUAUUACACAAGAUCCAGAAUGCCUCUUCUGCUUCCAUUCUGGAGCCGUGGAAGCCUUGGCUAUGUCUCCUCUCACUUACCUUAUGGCCACAACUGCCUUGGACUGCUCUGUUCGAAUCUAUGAUUUUGCUAGCAAAAAUUUUUUGACUCAAGUGAAAUUCAAACAAGGAGGCACAGCUCUUGCUUGGGUUCCUCGUCUGAUAAGCUUCACCGGAGCACAGAUUAUUGUAGGAUUUGAAGAUGGGGUUGUUCGAGUUCUUGAACUUUAUGAUCCAAAAGAGCUCACAGUUUUUGCAGGACGGAAGAAAUAUUCAGAUGCAGAUCUUCAUUUGAAACAUGUUUUCAAACCCCAUACUGCUCGGGUUACUGCUUUAGCUUUUGAACGUGAUGGAGAAAUUCUAGCCACAGGGAGUAAAGAUAAAACUGUGUUCUUCUUUGAAGUGGAAAAGAAUUAUAAACCAAUUGGUUAUAUUAAUACUCCUGGACCUGUUAUCCAGUUAGUAUGGUCUCCGGUCUCUCAUCCUGAAAGUACUUUAUUGAUUUUCUGUGAGAAUGGCUAUGUCCUUGAAGCUCCAUUUCCAACCAUAAAGGCGGACGUGCAGGAUGACAAUAUAGUUACCUAUGAAAUCAAAGACAUGUGCAUAAAAUGUUUCCAUUUCUCAAGUGUCAAAUCUAAGAUUCUGAGAUUAAUAGAAAUUGAAAAGAGAAAGAAACAAAAGGAGUUGAAAGAGAAGGAAAAGGAAGAAAGGAGGAUACGGCUAGCAGAGAUGGAAGAAGAGGAGGUGGAGGAUAAGAAAGAAGAGAAGGAGGAGGAGGUAGAGGAGGAGGCAGCGGCGGAGGAGGAGGAGGAGGAGCCAUUACCCGAAAUCUUUAUUCCAUCAACCCCCAGUCGCAUCCUCUGUGGGUUUUACUCUGGACCAGGGAAGUUCUGGGUUUCUUUGGGUGGCUAUGAUUCUGGUUUUCUAUAUCAUUGUGAGUUCCCCCCAUAUGACAAAAGCAGUGAUAUCACACAACAGAAAGAUGAACCUUUCGAUUUCCGUUUUCUUGAGGCUACAGAAGAUAAUCCCAUCCAAACCAUCACUUUCAGUAUUAACCAAGAUUUUAUGUUUUGUGGACUGCACAAUGGAGCAAUUCGAAUCUAUAUCCUAAGCCCGAAUGACUCUUCAUUGACCACUCUGGAAAGCUACUGGCACUUUACUGUGCAUGACAAUACUUAUGGAUGUAUUACAAGCAUUUCUGCUAGCUUUGAUGACCAGUUUUUGGUGUCUACUGGAGCAGAUGGCAAUAUCUUCGUGUUCACCAUUUUUUCUGUUUUUGAUUUAAGAGAAAGCCUGAAAGCCAAAGUGCCAUCUCCCAGGUUUGGAAUUGAAACAGAGCCAAUUCCAGAAGAUAUUGAAGAUCCCAAAGCCUACAGUAUAGAGAAUGCCAGAAGAAAAAGAGAACAUGACAAGUUAAUGAAAGAAGUGGAAGAAAUGAAGGCCAAGAAGAGGGAACAACUCAAAGGUUUGAGGAAUCGAUUUCAGAAACUGUUAGAAAUGAAUGAAGAAUUACCAAAGCAUAUGCAGUUUCAACGGACAGAUUUUAAUAUAGAUGCCCAAAUUCGUGCUGAGAUGAACAGAAUAACAGCUCAUAAGAUUCAUCAAGUGGAAAAGGAAUUAGCUUGGGAAAAAGAGAAACAUGAUCUUGGCCUAAAGAAGUUAGAGAAAAGGUUUCGUGACUCACUGGAAGGUGAUACUAUCGUGGUUCAUGCCAUACAAAGCGAUCACAAGAUAACCUCCUAUAGGCUCGUGAAGCCCUCCAAGUAUUUCAAAUCCAAACGGCCAAGUCAGUCCGACAGAAGGGCAAGCAAAAUGGAGAGGUUUGAAAAAGAAGGAACUGGAAGAAAGGAUAGCCAGAAAGAGACAGGUGGGAUUACUAGUGUGCCAGAAGAAUCAAUUAUAGAAAAAGGGAAGCUAUUUCGGCCUAAGACCUUAAGUCAAAUUAUGAUAGAAAAUCAAAUUGAGAAAACGAAGAAACUUAUUUUAAAAGCUGAAAGGGCCCAGCAAAAGAUUCAGCAGCGCAAAAAAGAAUGGGAGGAACUGUAUAAGAGUAAACCUGCUGAUGACUAUGAAGAUCCCAAAGAUGUUCAAGCCAUCAAAGAGGCUCAGGUGUUUAUGGGAGACUUCAAUCUGAAGACAGCCCCAGACUAUAAGAUACCCGAGCACAUGAGAAUAAAUGCUGCCAAGAAAGAAGAGGAACUGGGACAGCUAGACUCUAUGACCCAUUCAAAGAAAAUGUACUUGAACAAGUCCAUCCUCUCACUUCGAGACCUUAAAGUGGCUGUCAUCGAGGAGAUACAGUGCCUGGUACACGAGAUGAAGAACAUUCAGUCAACUCUUCACGUAUCCAAGCGCAUCCCCAUUCCGAAAAUCCCUCAGAUACACCCGGAAGAAGUUCCUGAAAAGAGAUUUCAGUAUGAUGAGGAAAUUCUCCUUGCUUUUAAGCAACAGCUGAUGAAAAAUGAGGAUACUAAGGCCCCCCUAGUGGAACAGGCGGGGCCUGGGCCGGCGGGGCCGGUAGGCUCAGGUGGAGGAUUCCUUAGAUCCUCUUAUGCGAAGGAUGGGGAUUUGACAACACGAGAGUCAUUGUCUAGAGCGUCAAGGGCAUCAACAUUCGGCCUAGAUCUUUCAAAGCCAUCUGAAUUUGAAAGAGCAGAUCCAAUUGAUGUAGAGACGGAGAUUAUGAAGAGAAAGGAGAUUAAAAACAUAUACAUGCAGCAGUAUUUGGCCAACAGGAUCAAAGAACUGAUUGUCACCUUUGAUGCAGAACUCCAUCUCCUGAGACACCAGAAACUGAAACUAGACAUUCAGAUGAAAUUAUCUGAUCUGAACCAUGUCACAUUAUUUCAAGAAAUGAUGCUCCUCAAGAAUUUUGAAAAACAGGAGAACAUACUUCAAGAGCGUGUUAAUUCAUUAGACAAAGAGGAACAGGAGAUGCAAUGGAGAAUUAAUGAAUCUAUGAAGGAGAUGGAAGAGAAAAAGAAUGAAAUCACCAGGCUCCAGGACCAAGAAAAGGCACUCUAUGCUAGUUUUCAAGCAGCAGUUGGAGAAAACAAAUUUGCUAACUUCCUCAUGAAGGUCCUAAAGAAAAGGAUAAAACGGGUGAAGAAAAAGGAGGUCGAAGGAGAUGCUGAAGAAGAUGAGGAAAGUGAGGAAUCAAGUGAGGAGGAAUCCAGCUUGGAGAGUGAUGAAGAUGAGUCUGGAUCUGAAGAUGAGGUUUUUGAUGAUUCUAUCUGCCCAUCAAAUUGCGAUGUGAGUCUUUUUGAACUGGCGCUUCAACUUCGAGAGAAAAGGCUCGACAUUGAGGAGGCCUUAGUUGAAGAGAAGAAAAUUCUUGAUAACCUCAAAAAGGAAUACGACACAUUGUCCAAAAAAGUCAAAAUUGUGGCGAAUAAUCUGAACGCAGCAGAGGAGGACCUGGAGGCCUAUCAACGAGAGAAGCAGCAGCAGCUGAAUGAAAUUCUGGUUGUGAUUCCGCUCAAGCUCCACCAGAUAGAGUAUGUGAUAUUUGGGGAAAUACCUACGGACCUUUCUGGAACGCUGGUCUUUUCUAACCAAUCCUUGAGUCGGCUCCAAGGCCGCAUCGUGCAGCUCCAGGAGGAGAACUCCAAGCAGCAGAAACUCAACAAAGAGUGGCGGGAGAGACGGAAGCAGCUCAUUCGGGAAAAGAGAGAGAUGGCAAAAACUAUAAGCAAAAUGGAAGAAACAGUCCGAGAUCUGAUGAUCAGCAAGUUUGGCCGCGUGAUAGACCUCGCAGCUCUUCAGACACUUUCUGUGAAUACAACACUUGAAGAGCUCACGAUCAAGAAACUUCGAAAGGAGAUAACGAAUGCCAGGGAAAUAAAGCAGUGGGAGGAAAAGAUUGCUCAAGUGCGCUGGGAACUGAUGAUGAAAACGAAAGAACACACCAAAAAGCUCCACCAGAUGAACGAUCUAUGUAUUGAAAAGAAGAAGCUUGAUUCUCGGUUGAACACGCUCCAGAACCAGCAGGGCAAUGCCUUCCAGGGCCCUCGGAGAGCAGAUAUUGUGGCAAGAGAGAAGGUCACUCAGCUGAUCCAACUCCAGGCGGAAAGGAUUUUGGCCUUAAAGCAAGAGAUUGCUCUUUUGCGUAAGAAAGGCGGCAUUAUCCUCCCACCCAUUAAGUUCCCACCGGAGAACAGAUGAAGCCCCUGUGCCUUAUACUUUUUUUUUUUGUCUCAAAUCCACCCAAGAUUUCUGACAUAAAUUUCCCCAGAAGUUGUCUCCUG